AUGUCACAGAGGAGUGGGCAGGAGGACCCGGAGCGGUACCUCUUCGUGGACCGCGCCGUGGUCUACAACCCGGCCGCUCAGGCCGACUGGACUGCCAAGAGACUAGUAUGGAUCCCCUCAGAACGUCACGGCUUCGAGGGCGCGAGCAUUCGCGAGGAGCGUGGGGAUGAGGUGGUGGUGGAAUUGGCCGAGAAUGGGAAGAAGGCAGUGGUCAACAAGGAUGACAUCCAGAAGAUGAACCCACCAAAGUUCAGCAAAGUGGAGGACAUGGCCGAACUCACCUGCCUGAAUGAGGCAUCUGUGCUUCACAACCUCAAAGACCGCUACUAUUCUGGCCUCAUUUACACAUACUCCGGUCUCUUCUGUGUCGUCAUAAAUCCCUACAAAAACCUGCCUAUCUACUCGGAGAAUAUCAUUGAGAUGUACAGGGGCAAAAAGAGGCAUGAAAUGCCCCCACACAUCUACGCUAUCUCAGAGUCUGCAUACAGAUGCAUGCUACAAGAUCGAGAGGACCAAUCCAUUCUCUGCACAGGUGAGUCAGGAGCUGGCAAGACUGAAAACACAAAAAAGGUCAUUCAGUACCUGGCACACGUUGCCUCUUCCCACAAAGGAAGAAAAGACCACAACAAUCCUCCAGAGUCACCUAAACCAGUGAAGCAGCAGGGUGAAUUGGAACGUCAGCUUUUACAAGCCAACCCCAUCCUUGAAUCGUUUGGCAACGCGAAGACAGUGAAAAAUGACAACUCGUCACGUUUUGGGAAAUUCAUCCGGAUCAACUUUGAUGUCACUGGAUACAUUGUUGGAGCCAAUAUUGAAACUUACUUACUGGAGAAAUCCAGAGCUAUUCGUCAAGCCAAAGAUGAGCGUACCUUCCACAUCUUCUACCAGCUGCUGGUUGGAGCUGGAGAACACCUCCAAUCGGACCUGCUUUUGGAAGGAUUCAAUAACUACCGUUUCCUUUCCAAUGGCAACAUCACAAUCCCGGGUCAGCAGGACAAAGACAACUUCCAAGAGACAAUGGAAGCUAUGCACAUCAUGAGCUUCGGCCAUGAGGAGAUUCUGGGCAUGCUGAAGGUUGUGUCUUCGGUGCUUCAGUUUGGAAACGUUGUCUUCAAAAAGGAGAGGAACUCUGACCAAGCCUCUAUGCCUGAUAAUACUGCUGCUCAGAAGCUGUGUCACUUGCUUGGUAUGAAUGUAAUGGAGUUUACCAGAGCAAUCCUGUCACCAAGGAUCAAAGUGGGAAGAGACUACGUCCAGAAAGCACAGACUAAAGAGCAGGCUGACUUUGCUGUCGAGGCCCUGGCUAAAGCGACAUAUGAGCGUCUGUUCCGCUGGCUGGUCCAUCGCAUUAACAAAGCUUUGGACAGAACCAAAAGACAGGGUGCCUCCUUCAUCGGCAUCCUGGACAUUGCGGGUUUUGAGAUUUUCCAGUUGAACUCGUUCGAGCAGAUGUGCAUCAACUACACUAAUGAGAAGCUGCAGCAGCUCUUCAACCACACCAUGUUCAUCCUGGAGCAGGAGGAGUACCAGAGGGAGGGCAUCGAGUGGAGCUUCAUCGACUUCGGCCUCGACCUACAGCCCUGCAUCGACCUCAUCGAGAGGCCGGCACACCCUCCAGGUGUGUUGGCUCUGCUGGAUGAAGAGUGCUGGUUCCCCAAGGCCACAGACAGGACCUUUGUAGACAAGCUGACCCAGGAACAGGGCACACACACCAAGUUCCAGAAGCCACGUCAGCUCAAAGACAAGGCCGACUUCUGCAUCAUCCACUAUGCCGGCAAGGUGGACUACAAGGCAGAUGAGUGGUUAAUGAAGAACAUGGACCCUCUGAACGACAACGUGGCCACACUUUUGCAUCAGUCCACGGAGAAAUUUGUAGCUGAGCUUUGGAAAGAUGGUAAGCUAUCUCCCACUCUAACCACUUCUUCCCCGUCUCCCCUACCAGUCGACCGCAUCGUGGGCCUGGACCAGGUGGCAGGAAUGAACGAGACAGCUUUUGGUGCUACCUAUAAAACGAAAAAGGGCAUGUUUCGUACUGUGGGACAGCUCUACAAGGAGUCGCUCACCAAACUCAUGGCCACACUGAGAAACACCAACCCCAACUUUGUCCGCUGCAUCAUCCCGAACCACGAAAAGAGAGCUGGUAAACUGGAGCCUCACCUGGUUCUGGACCAGCUCAGGUGUAAUGGAGUCCUGGAGGGGAUUCGCAUCUGCAGACAGGGCUUCCCCAACCGCAUCGUCUUCCAGGAGUUCAGACAGAGAUACGAGAUUCUGACACCCAAUGCAAUCCCCAAGGGAUUUAUGGACGGAAAACAAGCCUGUGAAAGAAUGAUAUAUGCUCUGGAGCUGGACCCCAACCUGUUCCGUAUCGGUCAGAGUAAGAUCUUCUUCAGAACAGGGGUUCUGGCUCACCUGGAGGAGGAGAGAGACCUGAAGAUCACUGACAUAAUCAUCUACUUCCAGUCUGUGUGCCGUGGAUACUUGGCACGCAAAGCCUUUGCAAAGAAACAGCAGCAACUGAGUGCCCUGAAGGUCCUCCAGAGGAACUGUGCUGCUUACUUGAAGCUACGCCACUGGCAGUGGUGGAGGCUGUUCACCAAGGUGAAGCCUCUGCUACAGGUCACCAGGCAGGAGGAGGAGCUGCAGGCCAGAGACGAGGAGCUGGUAAAGGUGAAAGAGAGACAGCUCAAGGUGGAAAGUGAGAUGGUGGAGAUGGAGAGGAAACACCAACAGCUCGUCGAGGAGAAGAAUAUUUUAGCAGAGCAACUCCACGCAGAGACAGAGCUGUUCGCCGAAGCCGAGGAGAUGAGAGUUCGUCUGCUCUCAAGGAAGCAAGAGUUGGAGGAGAUCCUUCAUGAUCUGGAGUCUCGGGUGGAGGAAGAGGAGGAGAGGAACCAAAGCCUGCAGAAUGAGAAGAAGAAGAUGCAGUCACACAUCCAGGACCUGGAGGAGCAGCUCGAUGAGGAGGAAGCUGCACGACAGAAGCUGCAGCUGGACAAAGUGACCGCUGAGUCAAAGAUCAAGAAGAUGGAGGAGGAUAUUCUGCUGCUGGAGGACCAAAACUCUAAAUACCUCAAGGAAAAGAAGUUGCUAGAGGACAGGAUCGGCGAGAUGACCUCCCAGCUAACCGAGGAGGAGGAAAAGGCGAAGAACCUCAGCAAAGUCAAGAACAAGCAAGAGCUGAUGAUGGCUGACCUGGAAGAGCGUUUAAAGAAGGAGGAGAAAACCCGUCAGGAGCUUGAGAAGGCCAAGCGCAAACUGGACGGGGAGAUGACCGACCUGCAGGACCAGAUCAUUGAGCUCCAGCUCCAGGUAGAGGAGCUGAAGAUCCAACUGACCAAGAAGGAGGAGGAGCUGCAGGCCGCUCUGUCCAGGAGUGACGAGGAGAUCGUCCAGAAGAACAACGCCUUGAAGCAGGUUCGGGAGCUGCAGGCCCAGCUGUUGGAGCUUCAGGAGGAUCUAGAAUCAGAGAAGUUGUGUCGAACUAAAGCGGAAAAACUGAAGAGGGACCUGAGUGAGGAGCUCGAGGCUCUGAAGACGGAGCUGGAGGACACGCUGGACACCACCGCCGCCCAGCAGGAGCUCAGGACCAAGCGAGAACAAGAAGUGGCAGAACUGAAGAAGGCCAUUGAUGAGGAGACCAAAAACCACGAGGCUCAGAUCCAGGAAAUUAGACUGAGGCACGCCACAACUCUGGAAGAACUCUCUGAACAGCUCGACCAAGCAAAGAGGUUCAAGGCCAACCUGGAGAAGAACAAGCAGAGUCUAGAGACUGACAACAGAGAGUUGGCCUGUGAGAUGAAGAGUCUGCAGCAGACAAAGACAGAGUCGGACUACAAGAGGAAGAAACUGGAGUCCCAGCUGCAGGAGUUUACGGCCAGAGCCACAGAGGUAGAGAGGACCAAGGGAGAGCUGUCUGAACGCUCACACAAACUCCAGACUGAGCUGGACAACGUUUGUGCAUUGCUGGAGGAGGCGGAGAAGAAGGGCGUCAAACUGACCAAAGAAGUUGACAACCUGAACAGUAAACUGCAAGACUCUGAGGAGCUGAGGCAGGAGGAGACACGUCAGAAGCUGAACCUGAGCGGCCAAAUCCGCCAGCUGGAGGUGGAGAAGAACACCUUGUUGGAGCAGCAGGAGGAGGAGGAGGAGGCACGACGCAACCUGGAGAAACACCUGCAGUUGGCACAAUCUCAGCUGUUUGAGACAAAGAAGAAGCUGGACGAGGACGUGGGAGCGAUGGAGGGCCUGGAGGAGGCAAAGAAGAAACUUCAGAAGGACAUGGAGCUGACCAGCCAGCAUCUGGAGGAGAAGACCAUGGCCAUGGACAAGAUGGAGAAGACCAAGAACCGACUGCAACAGGAGUUGGAUGACCUGAUGGUGGACCUGGACAACCAGAGACAUAUCGUCUCCAACCUGGAGAAGAAGCAGAAGAAGUUUGACCAGCUGCUGGCGGAGGAGAAGACCAUCUCAGCUCGUUACGCUGAGGAGCGGGACCGUGCCGAGGCAGAGGCCAGAGAGAAGGACACCAAGGCGCUGUCUAUGGCCAGAGCUCUGGAGGAGGCUUUGGAGGCUAAAGAGGAACUGGAGCGGUUUAAUAAGCAGCUCCGUGCUGAAAUGGAGGACCUGAUGAGCUCCAAGGACGACGUAGGAAAGAAUGUCCACGAACUGGAGAAGUCCAAGCGUAUGCUGGAGCAGCAGGUGGAGGAGAUGAGGACUCAGCUGGAGGAGCUGGAGGAUGAGCUGCAGGCCACAGAAGAUGCCAAACUGCGACUGGAGGUCAACAUGCAGGCAAUGAAGGCCCAGUUUGACCGAGACGUGCAGGCCAGAGAUGAGCAGGGAGAGGAGAAGAAGAGGGCGCUGGUCAAACAGGUGCGUGAGAUGGAGGCAGAGUUGGAGGAUGAGAGGAAGCAGAGAACUCUGUCUGGCGCCGCCAAGAAGAAGCUGGAGAUGGACCUGAACGAGCUGGAGGGACAGAUCGAAGCUGCCAACAAAGGCAGGGAUGAGGCCAUCAAACAGCUCCGCAAACUACAGGCUCAGAUGAAGGACUAUCAGAGGGAGCUGGAGGAUGCUAGAGCCUCCAGAGAUGAGAUCUUCACCCAGUCCAAAGAGAACGAGAAGAAACUCAAGAGUCUAGAAGCUGAAAUCUUACAGCUACAGGAGGAUCAUGCAGCAUCAGAGAGAGCCCGGCGACAUGCUGAGCAGGAGAGAGAUGAACUUGCUGAUGAGAUCUCCAACAGCGUCUCUGGAAAGUCAUCGCUGCUGGAGGAGAAGAGGAGGCUGGAGGCUCGGAUCACGCAGCUGGAGGAGGAGCUGGAGGAGGAGCAGGGGAACAUGGAGAUGCUCAACGACCGCUUCAGAAAAACCACAAUGCAGGUGGAAAGCCUGAACACUGAGUUGACCGGAGAGCGCGGCACUGCACAGAAGAGUGAGAACGCUCGACAGCAGAUGGAACGGCAGAACAAGGAUUUGAAAGCGAAGCUGGCCGAGUUGGAAGGGACGGUCAAGUCGAAGUUUAAAGCGUCCAUCGCUGCCCAGGAGGCCAAGAUCCUGCAGCUGGAGGAGCAGCUGGAGCAGGAAGUCAAGGAGAGAGCAGCAGCCAAUAAAAUCGUCCGUCGCACAGAGAAGAAACUGAAGGAGGUGAUGAUGCAGGUGGAGGACGAGCGUCGUCAUGCCGAUCAGUACAAAGAGCAGAUGGAGAAAGCCAACUCUCGUAUGAAGCAGCUUAAGCGUCAGCUGGAGGAGGCCGAGGAGGAAGCCACCAGGGCCAACGCCUCCCGCAGGAAGCUGCAGAGGGAGCUGGACGACAGCACCGAGGCCAGUGAGGGUCUCACCCGGGAGGUCAACUCCCUCAAGAACCGCCUCAGGCGGGGGGGUCCGGUCAGCAGCUUCUCCUCCAGCCGCUCAGGCCGCCGCAACCUCAAUCUGGACGGUGCCUCCGUCGACAUGUCGGACGACGACGCCGACAGCCGUGCCAGCGACUUCAACGAGACUCCCACCCCCAACGCCGAGUGA